AUGUCCCCGAUCGCUUCCCCUCACCGUCGCCCACGCUUCCCCCCACCGUCGCCCACGCUUCCUCCCACCGUCCCCGAUCGCUUCCCCCACCGUCGCCCACGCUUCCCCCCACCGUCGCCCACGCUUCCCCCCACCGUCGCCCACGCUUCCCCCCACCGUCGCCCACGCUUCCGCCCACCGUCGCCCACGCUUCCUCCCACUGUCCCUCACACUUCACCCCACCGUCGCCCACGCUUCCCCCCACCGUCGCCCACGCUUCCCCCCACCGUCGCUCACGCUUUCCCCCACCUUCCCCCACUCUUCCUUUCUCAUCGCCUACGCUUCCUCCCACCGUCGCCCUCGCUUCCUCCCACUCUCCCUUACACUCCCUCCCACAGUCACCCACGCUUCCCCCCACCCUUGCACCCUUCUUUCCUUCUCUCUGACUCUCCCUUCCCCACUGCCUGGCACAGCAAGCUUGAACCAGCCUCCUCCUCUCUCUUUCACCAACCCCGCUCGCAUGGCAGGUGCUGCUGCAGCAUUGGAGGAGAAUGCUGGGCGCACAGCCGGGGCAGCGCGUGCAGGCGGGAAGUGAGGAGCGCUGUGCACAAAGGGAAAGGGGGGCGGGGCAGGGGAGUGGGGGAGGCGUGGCAGGGGAGUGGGGGAGGCGUGGCAGGGGAGUGGGGGAGGCGUGGCAGGGGAGUGGGGGAGGAGUGGCAGGGGAGUGGGGGAGGCGUGGCAGGGGAGUGGGGGAGGCGGGGCAGGGGAGUGGGGGAGGCGGGGCAGGGGAGUGGGGGAGGCGGGGCAGGGGAGUGGGGGAGGCGGGGCAGGGGAGUGGGGGAGGCGUGGCAGGGGAGUGGGGGAGGCGUGGCAGGGGAGUGGGGGAGGCGUGGCAGGGGAGUGGGGGAGGCGGGGCAGGGGAGUGGGGGAGGCGGGGCAGGGGAGUGGGGGAGGCGGGGCAGGGGAGUGGGGGAGGCGGGGCAGGGGAGUGGGGGAGGCGGGGCAGGGGAGUGGGGGAGGCGGGGCAGGGGAGUGGGGGUGGCGGGGGCAGGAAGCCGUCCCGACUUCCUCUCUCGUCCGCUAAUUCGCCUUCUCCUGUCCGCCCUUCCACUCUCCAUUCCUCCCUCCUCUCUUUCUCUCUCUUUCCCUCCACUUCUCCCGUCCGCCCCUCCUCCCAGUCUCCCUCCUCCCUACCACUCUCUCACCCACUCUUUCUUUCAAUUUUUUAGUCGACUCAAAAAUCGACUUUCUCUCUCUUUCCCUCCACUUCUCCCGUCCGCCCCUCCUCCCAGUCUCCCUCCUCCCUACCACUCUCUCACCCACUCUUUCUUUCAUCCUCGUGCCUCUCUUCCACCAUGCCGACCUUCUUUUCAAACUGCCACCUUCCGAGCUUCCUACAGUCCGCCUUUCCGUCUCACCCACUUGUCCUAUCCCUACUUGAAUUCCUCACAUCCUCUCAUCCCCCCUUCUCCCCUUCCACCCUUCCACCCUCCAGCCCUUGCGCUCAUCCUCCCUUCCUCUCAUCCUCCCUUCAUCUCAUCCUCCCGUUCUCUCAUCCUCCCAUCCUCCCUUUCUUCCUUCCCCCCUCCCUUUCUCUCUUCCGCCCUUCCUCCUUGUCUCCCUUGCUCAUUUUCUCCCUCGGCGCAUGCUUAUUUUCCCUGCAUCCCUCGCUGCCAUCCUCCCUUCCUCUCAGCCUCCACACUUCCUCUCGUCAACCAUUCCUCCGCACCCUUCUACCCUGCCACGCCUGUACACUCCUACCUUGUUUGUUUAUUCUAG